AGUAGUAUGUGCCACAUGUCACAUGUUUCUUUGUGUUUUAGGUGGCUGGAGGUACACAUUGCAAACAUGACCAGCACUCCGUAUUGGGUCACCUACCUCAGGGUGCUUCAAGAAGCCAUUUGGCCAGGAGGAUUCUUACCAACACGCCCCAGACUAAUCCCAACUGCAGAGCAGAAGGAGGAGACAAGGAAGCAGUGCCUGGAAUGCCUCAUGAAGCUCGUACCUGAUUUUGUUCCGGAGCUCCUGGGAGUGGAGAAGUACAGAGUGAGCUGGCAGGUGGUGUUGGAAUCUCUUCAAGACCCCCAUAUUAACAGGCAUCUGGUUUACUGUAUGUGCGAUCUGCUGCUGGAGUUUCUGGUCCCUGAAUCGUCAAACGAGGACUUUCAGAAAUCUCUCUUGAAACACCUUUCGGGGAACAUGGCAGCGUGAGCUUGAGCAGGCAAGAAAAUCUGUUUUCAGCGCGACCGACUCUCACUGUCGCUCACAGAGUGCUGCAGAUCCUGCUGAGAGCAACAGAAUCGAGUCUUGAGGUUACGGUACGCUGACUGGGGCUUACAGAGGAGAUGCAAAGCCAGCGGCCCAUGCAUUUACUCCAGCAUUGUGUCUCAGCCUGCACCUUUUAGGACUGGCAAACUCGAGAGCUUUUUAUACAUGACCCCUGUGGAGCCAAAAUCAUUCACAGCUGCUCUGAGUUAAGAUCAAUAUUGUCCUGCUGCAAUGCAUACACAUGUUCUUAUCGUCUUGCAUUACAGGCUACCUGUUUCGUGUUUUUGAAUGAUUGUUGGAUCUUUAAUACACUAGCGUUCGUCAGCCUACCUUAGUGUUAUAUGCAGAAGUUCGUCUGCAAAGAAAGGUGUAAUGUAGUGCCCCCCCCCUUGCAAAAUGCCCAUAAGAAUUUCAUUUAUUUUGACAUUGCCAAGGAGGUUUAACAAAUAGCAGAAUAUGCAAUCGUCUAGGAAUAAGAUACUGCACUUGGUUUAUUUAAGCCGCAAGUGGGUUAUUUAAACUAUUUUGUAAAUUAAAUUAUUUCAAACAAAUACUUCCAAAUCCAAACAAUUGAGAGCACAAGCAUGUUUAAAAAGGAGAACAUUAGAACAAACAAAAUAAAGAGUAAGAAAUAUACUUUUAAUAUCUUAAAUUAGAAUUCGUGUCAUUCGCCCCGUAAUGGAUUGGUUUAAAAUGGCUCUGGAAUUGUUUUUUAGACUGCGUGAUUGUAAUGCUUUUUUUGUGCCCAUGGCUGACCACAGUCCCUUGUAAAUCUUGUGUUGGUAGUCUGCAAUGUUCAUAUUGAUCCCCAUACAAAUAUGUACGGGUGGUUAUAGAGUUCCUUGGCCUCUUUGUGCUGCUGCUGUGUGAAACCCAUUCCAAAUAGAAUUAAAAUGACCUAAUCUGUGCUGCUAGGGGGCUUGGUGGUUUAGAAUGCGAACGCCACGUUUCCCAUCUGCAGCAUGGAAACAGCCUGAAUCUCACUAUCAGUAUCAAACUGGGUCUGCAGCCAGUUCUUCCUGCAGUGUACAGUCAAUUUGAUACUGGAAAUUACUCAGUCAGUCAAAGAUCAACCCAUUGGUUAUUUCUGCUUCAGAGGUCCAGGACUGAACGGUCGAAUGAGUUCAUUGCACCCAAUGAAUUGUUAUCAGCUUAAACCUUUCUAAUAGGGACAGUUCAUUUCUAUUCAAAAGCAUUCCGUGUGGAUUCAUUUACAAUAUGUGCAGCGAUGAAGUAAAUAAAAUACAGCGAAAAAAAAAGCUAUAGAACACAAUUUAGAGCUUGUAUUUAAAUUGUAUAAGUUCCUUGUGCAGGCACGGUGUGUGCUCGCUGUGCGCUGUGUUUCAAGUGUAACCUGCUGCAUGUGUUUGCACUGUACAGUUCUUGUAUUGCUUUCAGCCUCGUAAACUGUUCUCGCUUGUGUAACAUUGACCGAAGGAUUUGUGAAGUAAUGUGUCUUGCAUAAAUAAGCCAUGUGGAAUAUGUUUACAAAUUAAUAAAAACGCAAUGGAU